UAUUAGAUAAAUACGUCAAGUACACGACCUUUUAUGUUGAAUAUACGAGACCGUAUAUACCCGAAUAUAAGUGUAUUUAUACGCAGUGAUUCGUGUUGGCGACGGUAACGAUUGUCAUAUCAAAUGAAUUAAGAUUAACAUUCGUAUUAAUUAUUUAAUGUUACUAUCAACAUGAUAAUUCUAAUUUCAAUUAAGCCCAAUGUCUGUCUUAAAAUCGUAUUCUUCUUUUCAGUGUAACUCGACCGUUGCGAAAAUAUUUGGUAGUACGUGUCUGUUUACAUUGUAAGCGUCGUUUUAUUUAUAAAAGAUAUGGGCGCGUGUUAAUAAAAGUCACGUUUACAAAGAAUAACCUUGAACAAGGUCGACUGUAUAUAUGGGUUUAUUACAUGGCUAGGUUUAUAAAGUAUGUUAGCUUUGUUCGGUGAAUGUGGCUAAAUAUUUAGAGGUCUUAUGGGGGAAGUCGUUGGCGCAAAACCUUCAUAUCCUGAAGAAGGAGAAAUUCACCCAAAGGGUCUGCCUGCAAACAUUUGUCAGCCAUGUUUAAAUGAAGGUAAUGAGAUCAACUCCCAUAAAUUCUGUAUAGAAUGCAAUGAAUACCUUUGCACUUCGUGUAUAGAAGCUCACAAUAGAUUCAGUACUACAAAGACCCAUCAUUUGACAGAAAAUAAGCUGGACUUGAAUUUCAAUCAAAGCAUAAACGCAGGAAGAUGUCUUUACCAUAUGGAUAGAUAUCUCGACCACUUUUGUGUAUCACAUGACGAAUAUUGUUGCGUCUCUUGUUUGAACACAAGGCAUCGAUCAUGCCAGCAAAAGCUUAGUAUAAAUGAAAUGUCAGAAACAGUUACAGACAAGGAUUUAGCCGAUGCUGAAGAAAGGAAAGAAAAGUGCAUAAUGAAAAUAGAAGAAGUGAAAAAAGCAUGCAAAAAAGGCAUUGAUACGUUAGAUAUUGAAAGACAAGAUGCAAUGAAUUUCCUCGAAUCAUUUCGAACUGACUUGUUUGUUGCUUUCAAUAACCUUCAUGAAAAUAAUACUGCAACUAUUGAAAGAAAAUAUAGAACGAUUCGUACAAAGUUAGAAGCUGAUUUGAAAACAUGCAGUGACAUGGAAAACAAUUUAGAAAAGGGACACGUAGUUUUAAAAUGCAAAGAUGAAGCUAUGCAUUUUAUCAAUAUGAGGAAGCUACUGAGAGUAACAGAUAUGACACAAGCGACUGCAGAAGCAAUGUCUAGUGAUGCCAACGUAAAACAUUUCCAACUGACGAGAAGCUCACUUUGUUUAAAGAUCUUAAAUCAACCAGAACUGCUUAUUGAAAUUGCAGACCGUACCCGUAUUUAUAAGGAAACUGGAAUAUCUAACAUUCUUCGUGAAUUUGCUAUUGGGAUUUUUUAUAGUGAGUUUUAUAAAAGUGUGUACAAAGAACCGUCUAGUCUGAUAAUACCGUUGAAAGAGUCAGUAUUUGUUUAUAAUACAAUGAAAAAUAUAUCUGAGGAAAUUGAUUUUCCAGAUUUGGUAUCUUCUGUAGAGAAAGUGAAAAAUAAUUUUUUCGCUGCACUACCUAACAAGGGUGUAGUUGUUUGUCCAACCGGAAAUAAAAACACGCAGGUGGUACUAAAAACGAAUGAGCCAUGCAUAGGAAUAGUUAAAUCGUCAACCAGCUUCUAUGUCACUGUUCGUGUUGAAAAAACUGGUCAACUCCGUAAAUAUACAUCUGCAGGAAAACUGGAUGAUGUACUUAAAUCAAACGAAAAAGGUGACAGUGUAUUCACAGAUAGAAUUGGGGAAGUUAAAAUAUCAAAAGAUGAAAAAAAGAUAUAUGUUGUUGAUACAAAAACUGGAAUAGUGAUAGUUUCUGCUAAACCAUACAGUUUAAUAAAAAUUAUUUCAAACGUCAAAGAACCACAAGGCAUUGCUUUAAUUCAGGCUGAAAGCAUGUUUAUUUUGCUCUCCGACGGUACGGUCACACAAACGACAGAUGAUGGGAAAUCUUUUUACAAUGUCAUAGAAAAGGGCACACACAUUGACAUGGACAGUAUUGGAAGAAAAGAUUAUCAUUCAAUCUGCUGGGAUGGAUUCGCUACUUUAUUUGUAAUAUUUUCACAGAGUAGAAACCUAAAAAUACUACAACAUCAACUGAAUUUUAAAAAUGAGUACUGAACAUCUUAUUUCCAAGGCAAUGGUUUGGGGUAAAAAUAAUAAGUGUAUCUUUAGAUAUUAAACUUGGUCUACAAAAUGAGAUAAACACGGUUAUUGUCAUGGAACUCAACUAUGUACUUUCUUCAAUCUAAAUUCAUUACAGUGUUGAUCCGAUGAGAUAACGUUCAGAAUGACUGUUAUACGAAAUGACCUCUUUACAUAAACACAGUAACACUGUCUGUAUGAAUGUAAUUAAAAGAUAUGCUUAACUCUUCAAAAAACAUGUUUAUAAAUCGAUAAUUUCAAUUUUGCUUAGAGAUUCAAAAUAAGAAACACAAGAUAAACAAGGAGGGGUUUCAAUGACCACAAACCCCUCUUGACUCAGCAGCACAGGGCCACCAGCAAGGAGCUCAGAAGGACCCCAUACAAAAACAAGACACGGCAAAGGCAAAGCACAGACGGAGCGAUUACUUAAAUGAUACAAAGACGUUUAAUCUGUUUGGAAAUGCAUAAUUAUGUAGAAAAGGAAAAGUAAAAUAAAAAAAAAUGUUAGUUACAGUUUAGACUGUUAGUUAACAUUUAAGACAAGGGGAUAUCACUUGAGAGUAUGAAUGAAAACAAUUAAUACGUUAGCAUUUCUUUAGCACAAUUUUAUUGUAUUAUUUUAUUAUUUGUUUUAGCAGCACGAAUCUGAUGAAAUUCAUUUUCAUAUCAGUACAUGGACAUUCAACUUGGCUUUUAUUUGUACUUUGUUUUAUGUUAAUUAUUUAAAGCCUAAAGUUAAAUUAACUUUUCAAUUAUUAGUAUUUUAGCGCUCGAAUAGAAACACACUUUUGUUUAGUUUCAAUGUGACAUCGCUUUAUUUUUACGUCACGUCUAUUGUUUUCUAUCAGGCUCGUGCCAUUUGUAUAUUUAUAUUUUGAGAGAAAUAAAGAUCUAGAAAAAAAUAAUUAUUUGCCUGAAGAACUACCUUA